UAACUUGUUAUACGUUGGCGUAAGUGCUUUGUGAAUCCGGGCCCUUGGCAGCACCUAGGAAACGUACUAAUUUUAUAUCAAACCAAACUCACAAAGAAUAUCCCACAAAAAGCUUUAUUACAUGCCAUACCAGGCCUGUCACCUAGGUGCUGGAAUGCAGGUGUGGGUUCCAAAACGUGGGACGCACAUCCUGGACUUUGGCUAUACGUGUUGGAGAACACAUUGCCAACAUACGCAAUGGUUUUCCUAAGCACAGCGUAUCUAACCAUUUUCUUUUUGUCCAUGGUCGUGACCCCUCUUCUUUGUCUUUCUACGCUAUUGAUCACGUGGAUAGGCAUUGGAUGGGGUUCAGACAUGAAAAAACAUAUCUCCCACAAUCUAGGUGGAUCUUUGAGCUCCAGACUCUUACCCCUCAAGGGUUAAAUAUUGAGCUGGACCUUAAUUGCUUUAUCACCAAUUAUUAGACUCUUUCCUUUUUCCCCUAAUUUUUUCAUUAAAAAAAAUCUUUUUUUUACCCCACCCCAUUUUGGAUAGUUACAACAUAUGGCCAGUAGGGGGCCACCUAGUGGGUUACCAGACAGGGAGCAUGUCAUUUGCGUCCCGGACAGCUUCCAUGCUGACUAAUACGUUGGCAUGGAUGGAAUAUCAGUUUAGAUGUCCACCACUAGAUGUCGCUGCAACUAUUGCUUUUUACAUUGUUUAUAAUAUUUGUAUAUAUGCAUUUUUCAUACCGGGAGUUCCUGAAUACUUUUCCCACCAUUUUAUAACAAUUUUAAUAUUUUAUUAUAUAUUUUUUAAUUAUAUCUUCCGUUUGUUUAGUUUAAUAUACUGCCAACCAAUGCAUAUGUAAUUCGAUUGUGAGCACUCCCAGGUAAAUAGCAGGCAAAGCAACACUAUUGGAUACGUUUUGACAUGUGAUUCGGGUUGAGGGUAUUUAUGCCCUCAACCAAAAUGGUGGAAUUGCAACUUCCUGAAGACAGCCAAUCUGAUAGGUCGAAAUGCAUAGAGGUUGAGUCAUGUGAUCGUGACACACUUCCGCCUAGACAUCCAAAACCCAGAAAUUGAGCCCUCACCGCGACAGCGGCUUCAAGUAUUGAUCGGGCAGUUUUCACUGAUGACUUUUUAACCUGCUGUUCACUCCGGGGGCCAGGAUAUCAGGCACUCUUACUUUCUACAGACACAGAGGAGCUCUCAGAUCUCACUACCUCUUCCACUUCAGCUGGAGAGACCACAGAACAGAGUCUGUCCGGCUGCAGAGACACCAUGGAGGAGGAUGCAGAGUCUGCCUGGAGGAAAGACACCAUGGAGGAGAAUGCCGAGUCUGCCUGGAGGAAAGACACCAUGGAGGAGGAUGCAGAGUCUGCCUGGAGGAAAGACACCAUGGAGGAGAAUGCCGAGUCUGCCUGGAGGAAAGACACCAUGGAGGAGAAUACCGAGUCUGCCUGGAGGAGCGCUCAGAAAGCAGGACCUUCGUCUGGGCAUGUGACCCCUGAUGUAUCCAGCUGCCACCAGGAGGCUCCAAAGGAAUGUCAUUUUGCACAUGUGGGCCCUAUAUCAUCCAGAGAUAAGAAUGUGGCCCCGGGAGUAUCCUGCAGUAGUUGCCUUGUCCCUGCGCUGCUCAUGGCAUUGCUGUUGAUGUGCGCCACUCUGCAGUCAGUAUUGGUAUUUCUCAGAGUCUCAGGUAUAAGGGAAGAUGGAUUUGUCACCAGAAACUUCUCCGAUCUGCAAAACAGUUUGUCGAAGGAAGAAUGGGAGAAAUGGCUUGAAUUCCUCCUUGUGACCAAUCACACAAAACAAGGAAAGUCACCUAGAUGUCCGGAUCUUUGGAUCAGCAUUUAUGAUAAGUGUUAUUUCUUCUCUGAGAACCAGAAACACCACGAAGACGGCAUUAAAGACUGCGCAGAACGUGGCUCCAGACUGGCUCUAGUGAAGGAGAAGACCCUACGGAGACUGGUGACCAUCACAGGAAAGAAAUUCUGGAUCGGAUUAACCCAAUAUAACACCCAAGGCGCAGUGUGGGCAGGAAGGUGGGCAGACGGCACUACAGAAAAUGUUACGGAAGGAACUGGAAGCUGCGCCAAUCUGGGAUCGCACUUUACCUGGGAGAACUGUUAUACUGCACUGAGCUGGAUCUGUGAGAGAGAGGCUGUCUAACCGCACUGAUAUGUGAGAGAAACUCUGUCUGACCGCAACGAUCUGGAGAAUGCUGAGUGAAUGUUCAAGGCAUUAUGUGAUUAUUUUGAAGUGUAAAUAAAAUACUAUUUCAGUCA